AUGCAUGGUUUUCGUACAGCAAAUUCACCACCGUUAACAAAGGAUGAGAUGGAUGCUAUAUUGGAUACAAAAACACCAGUAAGAACAGAUUAUAAUCUAGCCAAAAGUCUUGUUUAUGAUAAAAGUGGUCAUUUAGGAUAUCAGUUUUCCAAUUUAUCUAGACAAAGAUUAGGCCAAAAAAUUAUUAUUAAUGAUGGAACGUGGAGAUCAUAUUUUCACACACGAUAUUUUCUCCUAUCAAUUAAACUUAAACAAUGCUUUGGUAUUUUAUUUCAAUUAUUUUUUCAACACAUAAGUGUAACCUAUCGUUUUUUGGAAAGACACAUUUAUAAAUUUCUUCUAUUUGUUUUUGGUAUGUCGAAUCAGUUAGAUAUGUCUUUUGAUGAUACUGAUAAUUUUCAAAAUAACAGUAUUAAAAGUCCUAUUAUAUUUAAAGGUCCUGUGACUGUACGGAGAGUUUUUAAUGUCAAUCGUAUUAGUAGAGGACCUUCCAAAUUUACACUCUUCUGGAGAUAUUUAAAGAGCAAAGUUUUCAAAUUGUGUACACUUAUAGUUGCGUGUACCUCUUAUAUUACAUUGAUCAUUUCAUCAAAAGGGAAAGCUGUCACAUCAACGUUUAUAAACAACAAUAUGGAGAUUGUAGGAACAGAAAAUUCAAGGACAAAUAAGAAAACAAUAUCAAAUAUUAGUAGAAAAUGGGGUUUAUGUUAUUUUUGUUUUUUACCACUUUUUAUUCUACUACUAUCUAUUUUAUUAUUUUGCUUUCUUAAUGAUAAUAUUAAGGAAAAUAUUGGUGUUUCAAAUGAAAUUUUUCCCAAUAUUUUUUCACGUGCAAUGAAAAGUGCCGGUGAUAUUAAAAGUAGAAGUGUUACUUUUGCUGGUGACGUUAUUCAUAAAGGGGUUGAUUAUUCCUCUAUUGUAUACAAUAAAAUUACUGAGGAUUCAAAAAUUAUAGUGGAAAAAAGUAAUAGUUAUGUUGGUUCUAUUUUUUCUGUUUUUUCAAAUCAAUUUACAUAUUUAAGAGAGUUCAUUGAUUCAAUACUUGCAUACGGUUUUAGUAUGAUUCAUUACCUUUUAUCUUUUGUGAUUUACUUUUUCUAUGCCAUAUAUUCAUUAUUGGCCAAUUUUUUCGUUAGUAUAAUAAGUAAAUCUGAAAACGAUACUAUUACAAUGGCUUCAUUAAAUAAAAAGGAAUCGGAUAUUUCAAAUGUUCAAUAUAAUAAUUUUAUCUCAUCAAAUUUUGAUGAGGAGGCAUUUACUAAAAGAAUAUUAUCUAGAAUACAAGUUGAGAUAGAAAAUGCAAUUUCAAAAAUUGAAUUCAAGGAGAAAGAGGUCAAAGUUAUUGAGAAACAUAUAGAAAGAGAGCCAAAAAUUUCAGUAGAAAAUAUUAUGAAUGAAAUUAAUGGCGUGUUAGAUAAAGAAUUAAUAAAUAUGAAAAAUAUAUGGGAUCAAAAAUUAAAAAAUGUUCAAGAAAUGAUGGAGGAACAACAACGUCUUUCAAUUUCUUCAUUUAGGCAUUCCGUGGAUGAUGUAUCAAAGGAAGUCAAAGACAAAGCUGAUAAUGUUUAUGUUGAUAAAACUCUUAGAGAUUCAUUAAAUUCUUUUAAAAUAGAAAUACAUAAUAUUCUUACAGAAAGGUUAAAAGAAUUUGCAACUGUUUAUCGUGGUAUUCAGAAUAGUCCUGAUGAUUUUAAAAAAAAUUUAUAUAUGUCAGAAGUACAUGAUUUAAUUAUAAGUCUUCUUGAAAAAUAUGAUCACGAUAAAACUGGUCUAGCAGAUUAUGCUUUAGAAAGUUCUGGUGGUUCAAUAGUAAGUACUCGAUGUACUAAACAAUACAAUGUCCAAUCCAGAAUUGAAUCAUUGUGGGGUAUUCCUUUAUGGUAUGUUAGCUAUUCACCUAGAACAGUUAUACAAAGAAAAUCACAAGGAACUAUUCCAGGAGAAUGUUGGUGUUUUGAAGGUAGCACAGGAUACCUUACUAUAUCUUUGUCACGUCCAAUUCAUAUAACAAAUAUUUCUUAUGAGCAUGUACCUACUGAAUUAAUACCAACAAAAGAGGCUUAUAGUGCACCAAAAGAAAUUAAAUUUUGGAGUUUUGAAGAUGUAAAAAAUCAAGAGACAAAAACUGAUCUUGGAACAUUUACUUUUGAUAUAUCUAAGAAACCUUUACAAUUUUUUACAAUUUCUCCAUCCUAUAAAAAUUUAAUUAGUCCUAUUGUUGAAAUGGAAGUUCUUAGUAAUUAUGGAGCACCAUUUACUUGUCUUUAUCGGCUUCGAGUUCAUGGAGAUUUACCAAAAAAUAACGUUCAUUUACUAGAUACUAAUGCGAAAUAA